GUAAGCAAGAAUUUUCUCCAUAAAGUUGGUGGAAGCGCUUCGACGUUUGACUAAGCUGAAGAGGCUUCACAUGGAUGUGCCUAGCAGAGAAAAACUUGGUUGCGAUAUCAGAAGGUACCAGGAAGCUUUGAUGUCAUCUGUCGCCGUUAUCGGUAAAAAUGGGCUUCAGUCAAUACAAAUCAAUGACUUUAGUUGUUUGCUGACAGAAGAAUUGAUGGAUAUAUUGUGCUCCAGUGCUCCAUGUCUCCGAAACCUUGACAUAUACGGAAAAGGAAUUGCUCAUGUUCCGAAGCAGAUAGCAUGUCUUGUUAAUGUCACCUAUCUUAUGCUCGGGGUUCUCAGGAUUAAACAGCAAGAUCUCUGCAUCAUCGGGGGCAUACCUGCUCUGCUCUUUUGCGAGUUACAAAUACUGCAUGCCCCUGGUGAACGGCUUACCAUCAGCAGCCAACUAUUCCAGUGCCUUAAAGAGUUCAGGUACUACAAUUGCUUUUACGGAGGUGGCCUGGAGAUGCUGUUCUCACAGGGAGCGAUGCCUGAGCUCCGAAGGUUAUAUUUUGAGUUUAGAGUGCAGGAAACAGAGUCCAAGAUGGGGUUUGAGUUCAGCUUCGAGCACCUUGAAAGCCUAGAGGAAAUCACUGUAAUAAUCAAGCCGGAGGAUGCCACCAGGAGCAGGGUGGAGGCUGCGGAGGCUGCUCUCAGGAACGCUGUCAGCAUCCACCCGGGACAUCCUACACUUGAAUUACAUGGAGGCUCGGAAGAAUAUGAUGAGUUACAGGCGUGGCUUCGGAGGACGCAGGAAGCAGAAGCUGCUUAUUUAUAAAACGAGAUCACCGUGAGCUCUAAAAUGGAACGGCCCCUCUUGUCUUGAUUGCGCUUCACUCAUAUUUACUGAAUACCUGCAGCUUCAAGCAUGAGUGAUCACAUCAAUAAUCUUAUUCUUUUGGCUUCUCCAAGAUGGAUACAUUUGAUUUGACAUUGCAUCCUAGAUUUUUUAGAAGGAAAACCAGUUAAGAUCUGGCUGUAUCGAAGUAUUCAGAUGGUGAUGUCGUCUGCAGUCUGCUUUUGUAUUUUGUAUUCUCCAUUCAAGUAGGCUUGAACAAGAACAGUUUUCUAAAAGGUAUCUUUCUAUUUCGCCGGUGCAUUCUCCGAGAUAGAUAUUUGAUUUAUGUCAGUUGGUGCUGUACAUUCAUGUUCACGCCGGUGCAGAUCAGGGAUGAAGCAACAGUAGUCCUGUACUCCUGUACAGAGCAGGCAUCAUGUGCCAAUCUGGCGUAGGAAAUGUAACACUACUUGGCUGCUAGCAGGAACCGCGGCCCAAAAGGCCAUUUCAUUUGAAAGCUCAUGCUGGCAGAGAAUUAGGUAUUGGGCUGGUAACCAAAUGUGUUUGAAAGCCCACCCACCGGGAAGAAACCUGUUUUUGGCAGGAAUUGUGGUCCGAAAGCCCAAUUCAUUUAAAGUGU